AUAUCAGAACAUGAUAUGACUACUAGAGGCUUCUUAUUGCUCACGCUACUUGAAUCCCAGAGAGGUCUCAGUGGCAAGUCAUGCUUUGAAAGAAUAUUUCUAUGCAUAUUUAGUUUAUAUAAAGAAAUGACCACACAGUACAGUAUUCUCUUCAAGCAAGAACAAGCACAUGAUGAUGCUAUCUGGUCAGUUGCAUGGGGAAAGAAUAAAAGAGAUGGUUCUGAAACGGUAAUCUCUGGAUCUUUAGAUGAUUUAGUGAAGGUCUGGAAAUGGACCGAUGAAAAAUUAGAUCUACAAUGGACUUUAGAGGGCCAUCAACUGGGUGUGGUAUCAGUAGAUAUCAGUCAUACAGGUACCAUUGCAGCAUCCAGUUCCCUAGAUGCUCAUAUUCGUCUUUGGGAUUUAGAAACUGGCAAACAGAUCAAGUCCAUAGAUGCUGGUCCUGUUGAUGCCUGGUCAUUGGCCUUUUCACCAGAUUCCCAGUAUCUUGCAACAGGAAGUCAUGUGGGAAAAGUAAACAUUUUUGGUGUAGAAAGUGGAAAAAAGGAAUAUUCUCUGGACACUAGAGGGAAAUUCAUCCUUAGCAUUGCAUACAGCCCAGAUGGAAAAUAUUUAGCCAGUGGAGCAAUAGAUGGCAUCAUCAAUAUUUUUGAUAUUGCAACUGGAAAACUUCUGCAUACGCUAGAAGGCCAUGCAAUGCCUAUUCGCUCACUUACAUUUUCUCCAGAUUCCCAGCUACUUGUUACAGCUUCAGAUGAUGGAUAUAUCAAAAUCUAUGAUGUACAACAUGCGAAUUUGGCAGGCACCCUAAGUGGUCAUGGAUCUUGGGUAUUAAAUGUGGCAUUUUGUCCAGAUGAUACUCAUUUUGUUUCCAGCUCUUCUGACAAAAGUGUGAAAGUUUGGGAUGCUGUAACAAGAACCUGUGUUCAUACCUUCUUUGAUCAUCAGGAUCAGGUCUGGGGAGUGAAAUACAAUGGAAAUGGUUCCAAAAUUGUAUCUGUUGGAGAUGACCAGGAAAUCCAUAUCUAUGACUGCCCAAUUUAAAUAUGCUGUGUCAGAACAUGUCAAAGAUGUCCAUGGGUGAAGAGAAGUUGCUGCCACCCAAGCCUCCUUCUUUAAUAGCCUGCUCCCCACCCUGGUCAUAGAUGUCCCUUUUCUUUGGAUCCGACAGAACUUCAUAAGCCUGGGAUAUGAGUUUAAACU